UAUGGAGUCACCAACCAAGGAGAUCGAAGAAUUUGAGAGCAACUCCCUGAAAUACCUGCAACCAGAACAGAUAGAGAAAAUCUGGCUGCGCCUCCGAGGACUGAGGAAAUAUAAGAAAACUUCCCAGAGGUUAAGAUCAUUGGUCAAACAACUAGAGAGAGGAGAGGCUUCAGUGGUAGAUCUGAAGAAGAACUUGGAAUAUGCAGCCACAGUACUUGAAUCUGUAUACAUCGAUGAAACCAGGCGGCUCCUGGAUACUGAGGAUGAACUCAGUGACAUCCAGUCAGAUGCUGUGCCGUCUGAGGUCCGAGACUGGCUGGCUUCCACCUUCACACGGCAGAUGGGGAUGAUGCUCAGAAGGAGUGAGGAGAAGCCACGCUUCAAGAGCAUCGUCCACGCGGUGCAGGCCGGGAUAUUUGUGGAGAGAAUGUACAGACGAACAUCAAAUAUGGUUGGACUGAGCUACCCACCAGCUGUUAUUGAGGCUUUAAAGGAUGUGGACAAGUGGUCCUUUGAUGUCUUUUCCCUCAAUGAGGCCAGUGGGGAUCAUGCACUGAAAUUCAUCUUCUAUGAAUUACUUACACGUUAUGACCUGAUCAGCCGUUUCAAGAUCCCCAUUUCUGCACUUGUCUCAUUCGUGGAGGCCCUGGAGGUAGGAUACAGCAAACACAAAAACCCUUACCACAACCUGAUGCAUGCCGCAGAUGUCACCCAGACGGUGCAUUACCUCCUCUACAAGACAGGCGUUGUGAACUGGCUGACGGAGCUGGAGAUCUUUGCCAUCAUCUUCUCAGCUGCCAUCCAUGACUAUGAGCACACGGGAACCACCAACAACUUCCACAUCCAGACUCGAUCUGAUCCAGCCAUUUUAUACAAUGAUAGAUCUGUACUGGAAAAUCACCACUUAAGUGCUGCCUAUCGUCUUCUCCAAGAGGAUGAGGAAAUGAAUAUUUUGAUCAACCUCUCAAAGGAUGAUUGGAGGGAGUUUCGGACCUUGGUAAUUGAGAUGGUGAUGGCGACCGAUAUGUCCUGUCACUUCCAGCAGAUCAAAGCGAUGAAGACUGCUCUGCAGCAGCCAGAAGCUAUUGAAAAGCCAAAAGCCUUAUCCCUGAUGCUGCACACAGCAGAUAUUAGCCAUCCAGCGAAAGCCUGGGACCUCCAUCAUCGCUGGACAAUGUCACUUCUGGAAGAGUUCUUUAGACAGGGUGACAGAGAAGCAGAGUUGGGGCUGCCUUUUUCUCCUCUGUGUGAUCGAAAAUCAACAAUGGUCGCUCAGUCACAAGUAGGCUUCAUUGAUUUCAUUGUGGAACCUACCUUCACUGUGCUCACUGACAUGACUGAGAAGAUUGUGAACCCAGUCAUUGAGGAUACCUCCCAACCUGGUGGGACAGGUCAGAGACGUUCAAGUUUGAACAGUAUCAGCUCAUCAGAUGCGAAGCGGUCAGGUGUCAAGAGCGCUGGGUCAGAAGGAAGUGCCCCGAUCAACAAUUCUGUCCUCUCUGUCGAAUAUAAGAGUUUUAAAACCACUUGGACUGAGGUGGUGCACAUCAACCGGGAAAGAUGGAGAGCCAAGGUUCCUAAAGAGGAGAAAGCCAAGAAGGAGGCGGAGGAGAAGGCACGCCUGGCCGCCGAGGAGAAGCAAAAGGAAAUGGAAGCCAAAAGCCAAUCUGAGGAAGGAGCAGCUGGAAAAGCUGAGAAGAAGGCACCUGGGGAAGUGAAGACGCAGGUCAAUGGAACACGCACAAGCAAAAGUGACAACGCUCGUGGGAAAGCGUCUAAGGCUGAGAAGGCAGGAGAGAAGCAGCAGAAUGGUGAUUUGAAAGAUGGCAAAAAUAAAUCAGACAAGAAGGAUCAAUCCAAUGUCGGAAAUGAUUCCAAGAAAACAGAUGAUUCAGAAGAGUAAAAAAAACCCCAAACACCUCAUAGACAAUAAAAGAGGCUGCCAAUGUCUUGCAUCAUUUUAGCUGAGCUUCUUCAUUCUCCUCCUUCUCCUCCCUCCACAAAGACCCGUGUCUGGGGAAGGAGCACAACUUUCAAAACCAAGCCCCCCACACUUGGCCUUCUUUCAUGCCAUCGCCUCGCAGGGAAUGACUGUUUGAGAGUUGGUUUGAGCUCUUGGAACCUUGGAGUUCCCUCUUGAACUCAGAGCAAACAAAACGACUUGAGAUUAUUAUUUUUUUUUUCACAAACAGAAACAAAACAUGAAGGGACUUCCUCAAAAUCCUUUAGUCAUGUCCUGGCUUUCGAGGCACCUCUCUGGCUGAUGAGCACGGACAUCCUGGAUAUGCUGAGAAAGGCCGGAAAUAAGCCACGCACCCAGAAACUGCCACUUUAUUACUGUCAAUGUCAUGACUCUCAAUGUUGUUCUUUUUGCACUUGCUACUGAUGGUGGACACAUCAUGCUGGCCUUCACCGCAGCUAAGAUGACGAUUCCAACCUGGUUGUUUCCUUCCUGAGUUUAGGAGUAUAUUUUUCUCCAACUUCCUUUCAUACUUAAAAAAUUUAUUCUUAUGUUUU